AUGUUGAGAAACCUGGCGUUCCCUGAGGCUCCAGGCAAACUAACAUACGAGUCCCUGAAAUCGCUGCUGCUCAACCAUCUGCUUCCCACUAAGNCCAUGAUUCGUGCUGAUCAUGUUUCCUGCCGUGAAUUCAUCCUGCAGCUGAACAAACAGGCAUCACGUCACAACUAUGGUGAUCGCCUGGAAGAACAAAUGUUUGACCGUUGGGUGCUGGAAAAGAAAGAUUUCACUUUUGCCGAUGCCGGCAUGAUUUGUGAGCAACAUGACGACCUGGUGAAAGCCACUUCCAGCGAAUCAGUCACAUUAUUCCAACGGCAGAAGACCCUCCCAAACCGACCUCCAACGACCAAGUAUGUACCGAAACCGCAGCACGACUCUUCAGGUAACGAGAAACGUAUCAAUCCGUGUUUGUCAGUCGGCUUUACCAUCUGCACUCCAAUUAUCGCUUCCGAAAUGCCAAGUGUCAUGCAUGCAGGAAAGCUGACCACAUUCAGAGAGUGUUUAAACGGCCCCAUUGCAAUCUCACACAGCCAUUGGUUGACGAAGAAACCAGCCCUGUGUUCUCCCUACGAACCCAAAGUCAACGUGCCCAGUACCUAUACCAAGAUGUGA